AUGUCCACGUUACCCGCCAUCCGCCUCGCGGCGACGCUGACGCCUCAAGCGGCGAUCAUCUUUUUCCACGGCCUCGGCGACACCGGCGACGGCUGGCUGUGGUUCCCCCAGCUCGCCCGCCAGCAGCAGAUCAUCCCCCACCAGGAUAAGAUCAACUGGGUGUUCCCCCACGCCCCCAAGAUCCCCAUUGCCGCUAAUAUGAACAUGGCGAUGCCUGGGUGGUUUAACAUUUAUGAGUUUGGCGGCAACCCCAACUCGAAACAGGACGCUGAGGGUUUUUUGGCCUCGGUGGACAAGAUCAAGCAAUUGGUCAAAGAACAGCAGGAUUUGGGGAUUAAAGCUGAAAAUAUCAUUGUCGGUGGGUUUUCUCAAGGCGCUGCGUUAUCGCUUGCGGCAUUGGCGCUUUUGGAUGUGAAAAUCGGCGGUAUUGUCGCCCUUUCUGGGUUCUGUACUAUCCCCGAUAUCAUCAAGCUGAAGAGCACCGGAGUUAACUCCGACACUCCCGUGUUCCAAGGUCACGGCACUGCUGACCCUAUUGUUCCGUUUGCGCUGGGGGAAGCCGCUCGUGACUUAUACAAGUCGCUUGGCUACACCAACUAUACGUUCAAGUCGUACCCCGGUUUAGCUCACUCGGCUGACGAAGCGGAAUUGGUGGAAGUCCAACAAUUCAUCGCCAAAAUACUCAAUAAGUAG